UUUUCCUCUCCUUACUGGCUUCCACUGCUUAGUGGGGGUGUGACUGCAGACGGAGGGCGAGUGAGAGAGGACGAAGGAAAGUGAAAAAGCAACAACCUUUAUUCCUCUUUCUUUCUGCUUCCUCUCGAUUGAAGUAACCAGUCGGUGGUGUGUUUUGUUCGGGGAUUGAAGAUGAUCGACUUUGCUCGCGUUCAGAAGGAGCUCGUGGAAUGCGGCAAGGAUGUUGAAGGUUCCGGCAUCAGGGUUAAUGUCAAAGCCGACAACCUUGCUUGCUUGAUUGGAACCAUUCCUGGCCCUCUGGGAACUCCUUACGAGGGAGGCAUUUUCCAGAUUGACAUUACCAUACCCGAUGGAUACCCCUUCGAGCCCCCUAAAAUGCAGUUUGCAACGAAAGUCUGGCAUCCUAACAUCAGCAGUCAGAGUGGAGCUAUUUGCCUGGACAUCUUGAAGGACCAGUGGAGCCCUGCACUGACACUGAAAACAGCACUGCUUUCUGUGCAAGCACUUCUCUCUGCUCCUCAACCUGAUGAUCCUCAAGAUGCUGUUGUAGCACAACAGUAUCUGAAAGAGUACCAGACAUUUGUUGGCACCGCCCGGUACUGGACUGAAGCUUUUGCCAAGGCAUCAUCUCUUGGGAUUGAGGAUAAGGUAAAGAAGCUCGCAGAGAUGGGAUUCCCUGAAGCUCAGGCGAGGAGUGCUUUGGAAGCUGUUGGUGGCGAUGAAAACUUGGCUCUUGAAAGGCUUUGCUCUUAGCUAAUGUGUAAAAUAUUACCUAAAGCUUUUUUGUCGUGUCAAAGUUUAUGAUGAUAUUUAGCCAUAAGAGGCUAACACGAUAUAGAUUCAAAGAAUUAAUGGAAUAUAGUCAUUUAAUCUGGUAGAGCUUAUCUUAUAGUUCUAACCUAUGACUAAAAUUGAUUUCCUUGGA